AUGUCUAAGAAGAUUUCCCGUUCGGACAAGUAUUGUGACGAGAUCACGAAGAUGGAGGAGGGAGGCCUCCAUAGCCACGAGCAAGAUGUUCGAAACCGCGGGCUUGUGAGCGCCAGUACACAUCGGCACCGCCAGUCUCGCGACCGUCGCUCUCCCACCCCGUCAAACAUGGCGAAAGCUAGCUCCGGCUCAGCUGCGAAGCGACACAAUCCCAAAAAAGAGCAUUCACAUGGGCCCGAAGAGUAG